CCGUCUCUCGUUCUCCAAGGUUGUGUUAGCUGCUCGUGUGCCUGGAAUAGUUGCUGAGCAUCUGCUAAUCUGACGUCCUGACUAUGACUCGCAGGAAAUUCUCAGCAACAUCGUCUGUCCUCCUCUCACUCUUAUUACUCCUCAUACCACCGGCUGACCGGUCACACGCAGGUGUUGAGUGCCGCAUGGUGAAGUUCGACCUCACCAUUGCCAUGUCACCGAGCGUGAACAUCACCAGAACCUUCGACGUCGAGGAGGAUGUGCUGACGGGUCUCAGUCUCCGAAAAGAUGACCUGGAGAGGUCUCUUGCCGUAGCUGGCGACGACGGUAAAGUUCGUGAAAUAGUCGUUGGAGACAGGCACAUUCCUCUGCACUUAAACUUAAAGAAAGAACCCGGGUCAUUUGUCUACUCCUUUCACAUGUUAAACAAGACACUGUGGACUGUGAGCGACCUUAAUUACACCACCGCCAGCAUGGAUGAUUUCAAAGAUGAUCCCACUGUAAUUCCCAUCCAAGUGUCGCUGGACUGGUCAAUGGCUCCGGAAGUGAUUCCUCGAGUAUUCACCUUCACUCUUAUGUCAGCCCCACAGGAAACAUACUUGCUAAUGGACAAUAAAACGAUCCUUCGGCAACGCGGGAUGGGUGAAAUGAUCGUGGGAAAUGUCGUCAUCAUCGUUCCAUUUGGUGGACUCUACUUAUGGGUCCUCAAUCCUUACACAGGACGAUUUACUUUCAAUAAAUACUUCAAUACUGAGGACUACUUCACGGAUCGAGAGCUGACCUCGACCCUUCAGUCUCUGAGGGAGGGGAGGGUGGCUUUGUUGACGACCUAUUACGAUGUCUCUGGUCGUCUGGAAGAGGCAUCAAAGAAAAUAUUGAGUUCUUUGGGGUCAUUCUCUGCGCAACAUCUGAAGUUUCGCGACUGCUGGGCCUGGGCAUGGUUGACUGGAGGAGGAACUCUUGGAGAGGUUCUCGUUACAAAUCAGUACGGCAUCUAUAGUCUUCCCGCCAGUUUGCAACUUGAAGUCACUUUGCCUACGUUGGAGUCCACAGGUCGCUGGUGUGAGAAGUGGCCUGCCGACGAUAAGUGGGUAAAAAGGCAGCAUUUCUGCGACGUGUAUGAUGGCUACGGUGACCUGUGUUCCUGUGAGCAUCCCUAUGAGCCAAGAACUGUCCCAAAGAUGGGCACUUGGCGCGAAGAUAUGGGAAUUGUGAUCCUAGCUGGAAACAGAACCAAAUAUUUUUACAGGCUCCUGAAACAAGUCCUAGACCAACCGGGAGUUCAUAUCGACCAUCUCUUGGUUUCGGUUGAUGGGGCGCUACUAGAGACUCUGAAGUUCCUUGAGCUCUUCCCCUUGAAGUAUAAGGUUCACCAGCCAGAGGGGACACACAAUGCCAGGAUUUCUAGGCACAUGAGGUUUGCUCUUUAUUCUGCCCUGAACAUCCUUCACUUUGACAAGUUCAUCGUCCUCGAGGAUGACCUCAUCCUUUCUCCAGACUUCUACUCGUAUAUGCAACAAACGUCCGCCAUCUUGGACAGAGACCCAACGGUGUACUGCGUCUCCGCUUAUUCCCACUUCUCGUACGAACACACAGCCUUCGACGAAUCCCGUAUCAGUCGAGUUCACUCGAUUCCGUCGUACGGAUGGAUGGUCAAGAGGUCCAUUUUGACUGAGAUCUUGCCGAAAUGGAUCCCUGAGUAUGUGCAAACAGAUUGGGAUUACUGGAUGGGAUCGGGACUGAUAAGGAAGCAGAGAGAGACCAUCAUCCCAGAGAUAUCCCGGACGUCCCACGCAGGACUGCAAGGAUCCCACUUCUCUGGGUUCCUAACCAAAAAGAGGUAUUCGAACAAACCGACCUCACGGAAUCCGCACGCCAUUGUUAAUACAACUAUGGUAGAAAAAUCUGAGGUGGAGGGAGAACUGAAGAGCCUUUUGGAUCGGGCCACGCUUCUUAACGUCACGAACCCUUACACUUUCGUUUUCCCAAACGCUUCCGGAGAUGUGAGCCUAGUGUUUGUCAAAUUAAAGCAUGAAGAAGAUGCAAUGUCCUUCAGGAUACUGGCAGACGCGCUCAACAUAUGGAAUCAGGACACCCGAGAUCACCACUUCGGCUUAUGGCGCCUUCCGUUUUAUAAAGCAACCUUGCUCAUUAUGGGCUUGCCUUACUCUAAGUACAGUAAAUACUACAGGAAAAGUUACCAUAUCUUCACAGCCACCAAGGAAACCACAGAAAAGAUGACGGAUAACUUUAACGAAGAUCGCUAUUACUUCAAGUCCCAUCAACCCGGAGACGACGAGCUCAUUUUAGGUCUCCCAGCCAACAGUCUUCUUCUUCCAAAUCGGACAAAGGAGUCGAAUGUAGAAUCGGAUCCUCUUAGACACUACAAGAGGAAUAAUGGACUCUUCAGUGACACAAAUCACUGACGAGAAGAGGGAAAUCUUGAAUGUAUAUGAAUCAUCGAUAAGCGGGAGACAUCUUUAUAGAGAAUAUAAGUAUCGAGAGAUAAAUGAUUUCAUUACUUGUCAAAAAGCUCUUAAAUGUUUAUUCAAAUCUCAGAGAAUGUCAUUGGAAUAUGAAGAUAGAUUGUACUGGGAAAUAUAGGAUAUAGGAAGCGUUUUCAGCAAAUUUUCUUUAUGUUUAUGUGGUCAUUACAACAUUUGUUUUUAUUGUUGAAACUAGUGAGUGCCUCGUGGAAUAUCAAUGUCUUGGCACCCAUACUUCCUUUUGUUAUAAGUAUAUAAUGUGCAAAUGAGAUUAGUAUUACACGUAUAUGUAUGUAUGUAUGUAUACAGACGUAUAUGUAUGUAUGUAGGUAAGUAUACAUACAUACAAACAUAAUGUAUAGAAUAAAGUGCGAAUGAGAUUAUUAUUACACGUAUAUGUCUGUAUAUACUAUGCGUAUUAGUAUGUAUACAUGUGUAUGCGUUCGUGUCACAUAGUAAUAGGGAAUCAUAUUAAUUGUCGCUUUAUCAGUGUUUUGAAGAACUCAUUUACUCAUUGCUAAUAUUUAUGAUAAUCAAAAUUACAAAAUCAGUCAAUUUUUGUUAUAACAAAAUAUUAACUACUGCUUAAGUCACAGCCUCACAUUCAUUUAACGGCAGUGAUAAUUUUUGGCAGAGAGAAAAGUCACAAACAAAUAAGUUCCGUAGCCAGUGAGAUGAAGUAGAUUUUUUUUUUACGAGACAGAUUUUCCAUAAUUUUAUUUAUUCCUUUUUUUUUUGCGGAAGAACGCAUAUUUCAAAAUUAAUUAUCUUAUUGCUUUAGUAUUCAGCAUUGUUUCUGAAAAGGGAAAGUGAAAUUUUAGCCACUGUUGUUCUAGAAAUGUACGUUUGGUUCCUGUAUACUUUUUUAACAAGUAAUAUUGACAAGAUACCAUGUUGAAUAUGUCUCAUUGUACGGCAUGCGAAAUUCAUGCUCUGUAUAGAUUAAAAUGUCAUGUUUCAGUUUCUUAACCGUAUCGUCUGUAUGGCCGGACUAUAAUUGCCCAAAUUGCGAUUACCAAGCAAUGUCCGGUUUUUUGGGGGCCAGGCGUAACCAAUUAUGGUGAUAUCCUAUGGCCUCGGUUCGAAUCCUGGCAUGGAAGGAGGAGUUCUUCAUUUCAUUUAAUAUUUAGAGUAUCAGGUUUUUAAGUGAGACAUAUAUCAAAACAAUAGGGCGAAUCGAGAGAUUUUAGGUGGCUUUUUCAUUUACAACUAUGGGGGUCUAUUAAACUAAUGGACCGUUUUAGCAACAGUAGUCAAUGAAUAAGGAGUCAGAUAUAACACUGAUAUAAAAAUGUGAAAAUUAAGAAAUUCGGUAGUCAUGGUCGGACGUGUCGAAAAUUAUCUACAAUACAGGGGAAAUUCUCUGAUUAGUAGAUGAAAUUAAUUAAAAAAUAUAUAGUUUUUUAAUGAAAUUUCAAUAAACUUCAACUCACAUCUAUGAAGGCAAUUCAUGUUAGAUAUUUCUCAAGGGAAGGGAAGGUUGUUGACGAAUAUUCUUAGUCUAAUCGACCCUACUCUGCAUUUAACUUUUCUAUUUCCAUGACCUUUCUUCCGGGACAAUUACACUUGUAUUUAACUCAUCUUAUACUCAUGCCUACAUUAUUGUCCCUUUUCACACACACACCACUCGUACACACACACACACAAAUACUUCAGUUCGACAGAGAUUUGUAGGUGGGAGGCUGUAUCAACUUAGGCCUACCUUGAUGGCCGUGUGGUAUAAGGCGCGUCACUGCAGACUGGAGUUCUUGUUCUUCCGUGGUUCGAGCCCACGAGAGGAAAACCUUCUUAUCAACUAAAAAGUUCCCAUUCGCUUUACACAUAUGAAAAUAUAUUAUUUCGGAGGUCGAGCGAAGUAGAUAUUAAAGGACAUUUGUAGGUUAAUGCUUCUAUAUGAAUCACGGUGAUGUGAUAAAAUUAUAUAUAUAUAUAUAUAUAUAUAUAUAUAUAUAUAUAUAUA